GUGUCAGCAUCAGCAAAAGUAUGUCAAAAAACAAAAUAUCAUUAUAGCCGAGUUUUCAAGACAAAUUCAUUUAGGACACGUGUACUUACUGUAUUCAUUGUUGAUUGAAUCACGAUUGCUUCAUUAUUUCAAACAUACAGAAAUCAGUGAUUCCACAGACUUAGUGUUGUUUUGAACUUAGUUGAAAAGCGGCAAAAUGUCGGAAUUCAAGGACUGGUAUAACAGUGUACCGUUUUUCACUCGCUACUGGUUAACGUUUACAAUAGCUUUAAGUGUUAUCGGAAGAUUUGGGAUUAUAAGUUAUAGAUACAUGAUUCUUGAUUUCUAUCCCUUCAUAAGCCAAUUUCAGAUAUGGAGACCUAUCACAGCUCUAUUCUAUUACCCAAUAGGUCCAUCUACUGGCUUCCAUUUUCUAAUCAACUGUUACUUCCUCUACAACUAUUCACAAAGACUUGAAACAGGCAUGUUUGCUGGAAAACCGGCGGACUACUUCUACAUGUUGCUGUUUAAUUGGGUCUGCUGUGUCGUCAUUGGAAUAUUGGUGAAUUUACCGAUCCUAAUGGACCCAAUGGUGCUGUCGGUAUUGUAUAUAUGGUGUCAGCUAAACAAGGAUGUGAUUGUGUCCUUCUGGUUCGGCACUCGCUUUAAAGCAAUGUAUCUACCAUGGGUUCUUCUUGUGUUCAACCUUGUCAUUAGUGGAGGGGGUGUUAUGGAAUUGCUGGGUAUCCUCAUCGGUCAUCUUUCAUUCUUCCUAUUGUUCAAAUAUCCUCAAGAGUUCGGCGGUCCAGCUCUUCUCACUCCGCCCGCGUUCUUAAAGCAAAUCUUCCCCGACACAAGAUACGUUGGCGGCUUUGGCACUGCACCUCAGACAAGAGUGCCCACAAGACCCGGCGGGACAGUCUUCGGUGGACAUAACUGGGGCCGUGGUCAAACUCUCGGAGGCAACUGAGAAAAUGUGUACAAACCAAAUAAACUUUUAUCACAAGUGAAUGCAUCGAAUUUUAUUAAUUUAAAUUUAUAGCAUAUGUUCUAUAGACAUGUAUGGAAUGAACAUAACAAAAAACUUAAAAAUAUAUUUAAAAGUACUAAUGGAAUGGUCAAAUGGAAAUGGUCAUGAUCGAUGGAUUCACCGUGGAUCCAAUUUUUGAUAACCAAUAGACAUUUGUAUCUAAAACAAAAGAACAUUAAAUAUUAAAUUAAAAUCUUUAAUAAUACAAAAAUAAAAGCGUUUCAUGAUGUUUAAAAAAAAAUAUUGUGUAAAUUUAACUUUAAUUGUUGUAUGGAGUGUUUGAGACGUGUGUAUUGUUAGAGUACUUUAAAUAAUUCCUUUGACCGACAAUGCCGCGAUAUUAAAAAAAAAAGAAGUGACUAUGACACAAU